AUGCACUCCUGGACCGAGAUCGUCGAGCUCAUCGCGUCGGGCGAGCUUCAGCUACUUAAGCGGACUCAAAAGACCACGGAAGCGUACCAUUCCUACAAGCAGGCCUUGGCAUUGCGAGGAACCACUGUGGUGGACCUCGUCGUCAAUGACAAGCUAUGCUGGGACCGUCAAGAACUCGCGAAACUGGCGGUCAAGUAUCCUGAUGCCCAAACGCAGGCCCAUGUGCUGUUGACAGACCGCGCGCUGUUCAGUUUGCUACCCAACGAUUUCCCCUACGAUUUUCCGGCGACCGUUCACCAUCUGGUGCUGUGGAGCAAAAUCCAGAUCCCGCUGUAUCGUGAGAAUUCGCGCGAAAUGGUUCCGGAAGUGCGCGAAACGAUCGAGCAGUUCUUGGCCAGCAAUCUCGCAGGCUACGAUCUGCAAGGCUAUGCCUGGUUCGUCAACUAUCCGUAUUUACAAAGCAUCAAGGCGAUUUCACAUAUUCACGUGCUCUUGAAUACCAACGACUCGCCAAGCAUUGACGCCAUGUUGUCGCGUGGGUUUUGGCCGAUUGGCGCGGGGGGGAAAGCGUAG